AAAGCUGUGUCUACCGUUCCACUUGGAACUUUUGUAGGUUAUACCGUGUAUGCGGAGAUCGUUGCUCGCCACUUAGACGGCUUUCUAGCCUCUGCGGAGAGCCUUCCGCUAGCAGAUGCACUGAUUCGUCAUCUUGCUUGUAUCACUUCGUGGAAUGGUACUGGUAGUUCCAGCCAUCCAACUGCAUCUACUUUGUCUACGAAUGAAGAGUUUGCGCUGUCGACUGAUGCCUUGAUCAAUUGUCUUCUUCCACGGUAUCCUGAUUUGGCUGAGAACUAUCUCUGGUUGAGGAUUUUUAAGGCCGGUGAUAAGGAGUCAUCUCAUCACACUCUUUUGGCGGAGUUACAAUUACAGCUUCUACUGCGAUAUGCCGAAUCAAAAAACGAGGAAAAGCUUACCUGGCAAAGACUCCGCUUUCGAUACACUCUUUCUCGCCUGGAAGAUUGCCAAACAGAAAAGCUUCUUGAAUCUCUAAAAUCAUCUUCCUCAAUUCACCUCUUCACAGAAGAAUAUGUCACGCUUUUAGGCAAAUUAAAGAAAUACGAUGAAGCACUGGAGGUUCUGGUCUUGAAACAAAAGGAUAUUGGAGCUGCUCUUAGGUUUUGUGCUUCGUGUACAAGCAUUGAGAUGCAUCAGAGACUGGUCGAAAAUAGCACUCUUUGGAAUCACCAGGAGAAUGGCGACCAAACGUCUAAACCUCUAAAUACGGAAAAUCCAAAACCGAAUGUCUACACGGUACUCCUAAAACUUCUACUUACAAGUAACGACCCUUCACUACUGGAGCAAUCAAAGAAAUUGUUGGAAAUGGAAAUCCCCUUUCUUGAUUUUGCAGAGGUUCUUAAAGUUUUUCCAGAUAACUGGCAAAUCGAUCCAGCAGUUUCCACCUUUCUUACCAAAGCAAUAAAGACAACCCUAACUCGAGAGUCUAAAUCUAAUAUAGAGUUCGGACUUGUUUCUGAAAUAGCAUCAGCGUCGAGAGCUGAAGCCGCUGCCUCCAUUGCACAUGGACUUCUAGUUACCGACGCAUCAAAAUGCCUCCAGUGCCACCUACCUCUCAAUGCCUAUGGUGAUGUACGACCGUUCGGUUGCAUACUUAGCCAUGAAUACUCUCCGCCCAGCGUUAUGCACUUACAUUGUCUGCAGGCGAGCGGUAUCCUGUGA